AUGGCCCGAUCCAACGGUUUCUCCUCUGCCAACAUCUUCGCUGCCAUCCUCAGCCUCGGCGCUCUUGCCAAUGCUGCUCCCCUGAUCGCACGUGGUCCAACAUACAACUACACCAACACCUCCGGCAUUGUCCCCUCUGCUUCAGCUCCCGCUGCUCCCGCCGCCACUACAUACAGCAGCCCGCCAGUUGUCCCAUACGCCCAACCAAUCGCCACCGUCUUCCCGGACUUCACUUCUCAGUACAACAGCAAGACUGGCGCGGUUGACUUCCACACCGCCAGUGGACUCGUCUCCCGCAGCACCAACAACGGAGGCGCAGACAUCACCACCCUGGUGACCUUCACGCUCGGCGAACAGUACAAGUCCAACACCUGCCAACUGGUCUUCGACCUUGUGAGCCCCAGCUCCAGCGUCUCAGGAUCCGCCAAGGCCCAACUGUUCACCUCGCUGGCCCCCGCGACCGCCGAUUCCUCAAGCUGGCCCUCCGGCAACCUGCGAAACCAGAACCUCGGCGCGAUCGACGUCGUCGCCCACGGCCGUGCCACCUGGCAAGCUGGCUCCGGCCCCGGUGCUACCGCCGACGGCGUCUUCCCUUGCUCCGCCAUCACCGGCCAAAUCUACGGUGGCGAGAUCGUCCCCCAAGGUGACAAUGUCCAGAUUCAAUGGCCUGCCGGCCACGACGGUGUCAAGAUCAUUGUCUGGUAA